UAUGGCCUGCUUGGUUCUUCAAUCCGGCCCAUUGAGUCAUUUCCAUGAUGUAAAGUCGUGUAAUACCGUAUUGGUUGCAUUUGUUGUUUUUGCUUUUGCUAAAAUUAGUUCAAAUGUAUUCGUUCAUUUGAUGUGAUUUGUAAAAUGCACGUAUCUGGUGAAUUAGUUACCGAUUGUGUAGCGGUACAUUCACGUGACUUCUGUGCAGGCAGCCUGUGUUUAGUUCCCACUCAGUGACGGCCUGAAUGUGAGUUUGAAUAGGUAUCUGCCUCUAACAGCGGGUCACCAAACUUUUGGAAAAGGAGAGCAUACUACAGUGAUGAAUGCAAAUGACUACCAGUUUAACAUAUUUCUGGUUUGGUUGUGCAUUAGAAUGCUGACCUUUGAACUACAGUGGAGCCCCGCAUAUUAGUGAUUCGGCAUUCGCUAAUGCCUGGAUCAGACUACAAGACAAAUUUGGUCUUUCACAAUGGCAAUAUGUCAGACUGUUGCCAUAAAAUCUUGCCGUAUCUCGGUUCGUCACUUGUAACACUACACGACAUUUUUUAUGAUAACACCGCAUCCUGUCUUUUGCCAUCGCUGGGCUUUAUCUUGUCAAAUCAAACACCGUCGUGGAAGCGGGACCAGAAAACAUGUCACCGGAUAUACCUGUUACCAUAGCGACAAGAACAACAAUGGAUUGUGGCAAUGUGUGUUGGAUGAAAAAGAACAAAAAGAAGGCAAAAAUGUGUGCUGUUGUCACUUGGUGCUCGAGAGAUGACGUUUUGGGCUGUCCAUUCAAGGAGCGCUUGAGGUACUUUUAAUACGGCUCGCAAGCAGGCAACAUAUCUUGAUGCAGCCAGCUAAUGCUAGCACGUUUGCACGUAAACACACCGGCGUUCUGUCGAAUCAUGCUCUAAAGCGUCUGUAAACAUUGCUUUGCGCGCGUGAAUAAAUGUUGACAACGGCGAGCGAGGGAGGCAAACUCAUUUUAGACUCACAUCCGACCCAAUUUGAUCUCAAGUGGGCCGGACCAGUAUAUCCGUGGCCCUAUAAGCUAUUAAUAACAACAAUUCAACUUUUGUUUUUGUUUUUUUUAACCAUCUUUUUGGGUGCGCAUUAUUACAACCACAAUUGGGAAAAUAUUCACAUUUAUUGAUUAUUAUCUUGUUGCCAAUCCUGUUUGAAAUCGUAUCAGCGAGCUCGAAUGUCAUAACAAAAAAUGGUGCAGUUUCAACAAUAUUAUGAAUCUGUGUUUUCAUCUACAUCUUUUUCAAUGUACAUACAUUUCCACAUCCAUCUGAACAUCUUGAAAGGCUCAACUGACUCAUCACACCAUACAAACUAAAGGAGGAACUUUUUCGAAUGAAAGUGCAGUUAUCCUCCUGCCUUGUAAAAGUACACAGGCAGAUUGACAGUGAAGCAAAAAAAAAAAAAAGAAAACAAAAUAAAUGUAUUUGCUACGUCAAUUAAGGAUACAUACGUAUCCACAGUAAGUGCAAAAUAGAAACUCAAAUUUGCUACUUAUUGAAUUGUCACUCAGUAGCUUGCCAUAUAAAGCAAUGAAUUGAUAUGCGGUUAGCAUUAGUCUGCACAAACAAUUAGCAACCCCCUCUCCAACUAUUAGCAUGGAUGAAAUGAUUUUGUAGUUUACAUCUCACUAAAGAAGUGACUUCCAGCUUUUCCUUGUCAGGAGGUCGCCACCGCAGUGAGUCACUCACGUGAUUUGUUUGUCUGACGUAACCUAACCGUGUUCAUCCGGGCUUGAAUAAACCCAUGUCCCAAUUAACUUCACAAGCUCAUUUUUUAACUGCACAUAUGCACAUUUGCACAUGGAAUGACUGAACAAACAAUCCAUGAUAUAAUACGUACAUUGGCAGUGUUUCACACAAAGUGUCACUGUUUUCUCUCUCAGCUUCGUGCAUGUCACAUCACGCGACUCCACAGCACUUCUGGUUUUACUGUAGUUGUGUUGUGUAAAAUAAGCGUCCAUACAUGUAAAUGAACUAAAACUUGAGUGAUGGCAGAACAGUGCCAGCGGGCCAGAUUGGACCCCUAGACGGGCCGGUUCUGGCCUGCGGGCUGUAUGUUUGACACCCCUAGUCUACGUCAAUUUGUACUGUCGGAGAGCCGUCGUUUCAUAUAUCACGCUACACAGAAGAUUUCAAACACUCUAGACUUUUUAUUUUGGCGUCAUAGGGCGAAAUCAUUGGUCGUGGAAUAUGUCGCACGACAAAAUACGUCGCGCUCGAUCCGGGAAAUUGGCCGCCAUAGCAAAUCGGGCUAAAUAACGAGGCUAAAAUCCUGUAGUCUGAUCUCGGCAUGAUUCACCUUUUCACUGAUUUUUUCGGAAGGGGGGGGGGGGGGGGGUUGGAACCUAUCCCCCAUUAAUUGCAGAACCCCCCCGAUUUUUUCCUGAUCUCUGCUUAUUCUCUAUACUAUUUAUUAUUAUGUUUUGUUUUGUAUUUUCCCAGUCUGCCUGUCUGCGGACGAGACACAAACCGCAUCAGCUGGUGCUCUCAUGCCAAUGUUUUGUAACCGGUUUCAUUAUGAAAGUGCUGCCGGCUUCAUUUAUUAUCGUACGGAGGCUAGCCCUCGGUUCGCUAUGUUAUUGUUGUUGUUGCGAUCCUUGGUGCAGCGGCUAUAUUGUCCCCUUGGAUAACAGAGAAUGUUGUGUUUUCUAUUUCCUCCUUGGUCAGCAACUCAGCUACUACUUUUGUCUCCAAGAUCAAUGGCUUUGGUAAGACAAGCGGGGAGAGAGAGAGAGAGAGAGAGAGAGCGUUGGAGAGCAAGAAGGGGAAGGGAGAGAGAGAGAGAGAGAGAGAGAGAGAGAGGGAGCUUGGAGUCCACCAUGUCGACUGGAGGUAUGCUAAACACCUCUGGUUCCUCAUCCGGGUACCGCGCGGUCCGCUGCGAUUGGCCGGCCGGGUCACGUGGUAAAAGUAACUUUACAGGGCUGCUCGCAAGUAGGAGGGCUUUAUGGAGCAGAAAAACGACAAAGCUAGAAAAAUUAUUUUCCACUCCAGAAAUUAAUGAUCAUGAGCUCGUAUUUGAUGGAGUCUAACUACAUUGAUCCGAAAUUUCCUCCAUGCGAGGAAUAUUCCCAGAACAACUACAUCCCCGAGCACAGUCCCGAAUAUUACGGCCGCGCCCGGGACCCGGGCUACCGGCAGCAGCAGCAGCAGCAGCAGCAGCAGCAGCAUCACCCGGACUUGUACCCUGCACCGCGGGCCAGCUACCAAGAGCGCCAGUACAACUGUGCAAGCAUCCCCGAGCCCGACACGCCGCGGGGUCAUGCGGGAAUAGCCCACUCCGCGCACCUGCUCACGGGCAAGGGCCAGCCCGCGUCGUGCGAGACCCCCCAGUUGUCCAUGUCCCCCGCCACCCCGCCGACCGCAGCCUCCGCCUGCAACCAAGCCAUCCCGGAGCAUCCGAACAGCGCCGCCUCGUCCAAGCAGCCCGUGGUGUACCCGUGGAUGAAGAAGAUUCACGUCAGUACCGUGAACUCGGGCUACAACGGCACGGAGCCCAAGCGGUCUCGGACAGCAUACACCCGCCAGCAAGUCUUGGAACUGGAGAAGGAGUUCCACUAUAACCGCUAUUUGACUCGGAGGAGGCGCAUCGAGAUCGCCCACACGCUGGUCCUGUCCGAACGCCAGAUCAAAAUCUGGUUUCAGAACCGCAGGAUGAAAUGGAAAAAGGACCACCGGCUCCCCAACACCAAAGUGCGCUCGUCGUCGUCUUCGUCGUCGUCGUCGGCGGCGGCGGCGGCGUCCUCCGGCUCCAACGCGGUGGCCCCUUCCUCGGCCACGAACACGGGGGCCUCUGAUGAACUGAGCGGAGCGCAGCAUGGCGACGAUAUUACCAGGUUAUAAAACCACACAUGGACGACGCAGGCGGAGGAAAAAACAAACAAACAAACUCAACAGAACAGAACAGAACAGAACUGAUUAUUUAUAGAAUGAUUCUAUAUUUUGUUUUUUUUUCUCGUAGCCAUCGUGUGCGGUUUCCUCCAAGUCCAACGUUAUAUAAAAUGCAUGUUAUAUAGCAUGGAUUACUGCGAAUACCGUUGCAUUCUUUUAUACGUGAAACAGGGUUUAAUUUAUUUGAAACGCAUUUGAAAUUGUGUCUUUGGUAUGUUUUGAAUGAAGGAGAAAUGCAGACAAUUAUACAUUGAAUCCAAAUAUUAUUGUGGGCCAUUCGUUUUGGCCGGCUGCCCAGGUGAAAUGCACAAUCUAUUUAUUUCAAACAACACUGGAAGGAAGUCAAUAUAAUGAUAAUUAUUUUUGGUAUUAGGGGAAGAUGAAGAAAAAAAAAAAAAGAAAAGAAGCUGAAACACAGCGUUGAUCUUGAACUUGUAUGUUUAGGAUACAAAUGUGACAAUUACCUCGUGUAUUUCACAAACAUGAUUCAAUGAUAAUGAUUAUUAUUAUUAUUAUUUUUUUAAAUUUACAGUUUGGUUUCGUGCUGUUGGUGUUGUGUUAGGCCGUUUUGAAAAAUGGAUUAUUGUGAAACGCAAUAAACGGAGUUUAGUGUACUUGUGCUAAUCCUAUUGGUCAAUAAAACAGUGAGUGUCUUCUAGUUUUCUA